ACACACACACACACACACACACCCUUUAGAUCCCAGUGCAGCAUCUCAACAAAUUGUUGUUUUAGUAACUCAUGAUAUCCACAGCACAGGUUGCAGCCUCCAGAAUCUUAGCCAAGGAAAGUAUGUGGUGGGGGAAGGGGGAGUUUAUUCUUGCCAGCUGAGAGUCACGGAUUCCAACACAGCUAACACUGGCUGCAAAGGAUGUCAACAUGGAGACCACAUUUCCUUUAUAUAGAGACGUUUCAAGUUAGAUGACAAAAUAGUCGUGAUUAGAUCUCAUUAUAGAUGGCCUUUUGAAAGCCACAAGAAACACAGUUACAUUAACUUACCUUACAUUAAUGGACAUGUCCUAGGCCCCUUGUUCAAACCUUAUGACCUGUGCUUUUACCUUAUUAGAUGGAAAUCUUGUUCAAGACACAACAGGGGCCACCUACCAGUAGCCAUAUAAAUGAUUUUAGUGGUUCUCAAGUUACAUAUUUCCUAGCCUCCCUUGAGAUGUAACUUGAGAGCCACUAAAAUUAUAUAUAUGGCUACUGGUAACACACAUAAAUGUAACUCUCUGAGAUCCCCACAUUCAUACUUAACUGUGUCUUUUCCUUUCUCAGGAUGCCUCUCUCUCUCUCUCUCUCUCUCUCUCUCUCUCUAUUAGUUGUGUGCUUAAGUCUACACUAAAAGAUCAGCAGGUAAAGGCACUCACCACCAAACCUGACAGCUCAGAGUUCAGUCCCUGGGUCCCCUAUGAAGGAGAGAACUGAUUCCUGAAAGUGCCCUCUAAUACCUAUAUGUGUUCACCCCCCUCUGACACACAAAAAUCAAUCAACAAAUAAAAAUAAACAAACAUAAUUAAAAUUUUAAUCCAUGUUAAAAUCUCUUCCUACAAGAAACUCCAUUCUGCUUUGUGCUGGCUCAUCCUGAAGUUCUCUUCUGUAGUGAAGCCAAGAAUCCCAUCUUCACUUGAGGAUCUGAAAAAAAAAGAAAACUCCUCAGACUGCUGUAGGGCCAGUGUAGAGCCCCAAUUCAGGCCCCACAGCCGCUGACAAACCCUAGUUAGAUAGCUGGUUGACCUUGGCCAACAGGAUUCACAUAGCCACAGACACCUUCCCAGCUCUUACAGCACCUACCUCAAACUUGGCUCCAAACUUGAGACAUCUGAAGCCAAGAGGAACUUCCCCCAGAUUUCCAAGAAUAAAAGUUGAAACAUAGAGCAUGUUCAUGAUACACUGAUAAUUUUUCUGCAAUCAGACAUUCACAGGAGGAAACAGUUGCUUCAUUGUGAGUUUUAUGCACACAUUCCCAGAAACUCAUCUUUAACCCGCUCAACUGGUUUCCACAUCCUUAACUCACCUGAUAAUUAAUUUUCAGUCUUGCUCACUUUCCAGAGAAACUCAGAAAAAGACUUGGAGGAGUGUGGCUCCUCCUUGUCCUUGUUGUUCUCCGAACAAUGAGCCUUUUCUAUGCCCCACUGUUACCACAGAAUUGGCACACACAGUGGUGCGUGGGCCACUUCACGGGGAGUCUCAGCUUCAACCUCCCAAGAUCUCUAAGCUGACCCAUUUCCUCUUCCCUAGGUUACUAGGAGGAACCAUAGUUCUGGCUGACAGUAAGGGAGGGAGGAUUUCAGACAGAGUGUUGGGAGAGGCAGUGGUAAAGAGAAGCAGAGACCCAGAGCUGGCACGGGACAGUGGUGAGUGGGCUCGAGGGAAGUCCUAAGGAUACUGACAGUUUAUAGGAUAGUGUUCUAUUUCUUUAAAGCCAGCUGUCUUCUGAAUCUCCCAUCUCUUGAGUCUCAAGAAUGCCAUCCCUUUGUAAAGUCCCAGUUUGCCUGGAGAAGUCCCAAAGACAUCUGGCAUCUCUCUGAUGAACAUCAUGCUCCAAGCCCCAAUGAGGGUCUGCCUUUGGUGAAGACAAACUGAGACAAGGUUUAACCAGGGUCCACAGAGUGAUUGCAAUGGUGUGCACCACUGCCCUCAGCCUCAUAACAGACGAAUAGGCUGCUGCUGAAACGUCAGACUCCACCGUUAUUCACCCCAUCCCACAGCCUGUCAUCCAGAGGAAAAAGAUGGCCCUGCUUUGGCCAGUUGUACAGUAAGGCCACAGGAUGAUGAAAGGACCAGAGGAGCAGUAACCAGGGGUCACACAGGUUGCAAGGAGCAGAACUCAGAGAAGGUUUCAAGUUUAAUCCCUUCCCUAAAUUCUGUCUACUUUGCUCAGUCCAACCUCAGUCUAUUGGCUCCUGUUACCCUCUCUGCUGACCCUUCCACCUUUUUCUCUAGGUCAUCUCCUUGUCGCUUCAUUUCCACACCCCCUUCAAACAUGCAAAUUCCACCAUAGUACCCUAUGCAUGGGGUUGGUAAAUAACAUGAUUUCAGAACCAUACUGUCAAAAUGUCAAAAGUCCUAUCUGGCGCAUCUUAAUUGUAUGUGCUCCCCAGAAGAACAGCUGACCAUGAAUUUCAACAGAAAACCAGGUAAGAGCAAGGAGCUUGCAUGGCCCUUCCUCACUACAGUCCUUCCUCUUGGCCCAGUUUAGCCAGAACGGUUACAAAGCUAGCAGCUGCCCCAUCCUCUGACAAUUCAAAACCAGAAAAAGACAAAGAGCUACAGAAGCCUAUGGGUAUAACUCAGCAGCAUAACAUAUGUGCUCAGCAUCAGAAGGUCUUGAGUGCCAUUCCCAGCAUGCACACACACACAUACUCACACACUCACACUCAUACAAACUCACUCACACACAAUGAAAAGGCAUCAAAAUGUAAAUGGUUGUAUAGAGAAAUAAAAAUAAAAGAAUCAACGAGUUAUUAUGUUCAGAAAUAUGCAGACAAGUUACAGAUAGACAGUUAUACUGACCAGCAUGGUGGCUCGUGCCAUUAAUUACAGUACUCAGGAGGCUGAGGCAGGAGGAUCACUUAUAGUAAGUAUCAGGCUACCUUGUCUCGAAAUAAACAAUUAAAAUAAAAUAAUAAAAGUGACUUGGUUUCAUAUACCUUAAUCCCAAAAUUGGGAGAUGGAGACAGGAGGAUUAUUUCAAGGUUAUCUUCAUCUGUAUAAUGUGCUAGAUGCCAGCCUGGGCUAUAAGAUCCAGCUUCACACAAUCCACCCUCUGCAAAAUAAUAAUAAUAAUAAUAAUAAUAAUAAUAAUAAUAAUAAUAAUAAUAAUAAUAAUGCUGUUUUGUUUGUUUGGUUGGUUGGUUAGUUGGUUGGGUUUUUUUUUUUUUUUUUUUUUUUUUUUGCUUCUGGAAGUUACAGCCCUUAAAUGACUUUUGAGGGAGAAAGAGAAAUUUCAGACAAGAGGGGGCAGAAUGUUCUGGAAGAGGAAAGAGAAGCACUAUUAUCUGGAAGUGCUGCUUUGAAUGACCACAGUUCUGAGUUCUGCCUGCCGGUGGGACAGCAAUGAGGGCACAGCAAGAAGAAAGAGACAGGCUUUACCUCUCUUCAACCUCUUACCGUUCAGACAUCUUUGUCAUUUAUCCAUUGAAGGGGGGAACGCCAAAUAACCUCCUGUGAGUUCAUGUUGGGCCUCAUUCACAGUCACACUGGGUUCUAUGUGACUGUGUGCAGCUCUGGGUCACAGGCUGAACACGCCUGGGACCGCUGCAGUGUUUUUUUUCCCUUCCUUCCUUCCAUCUUUCCUCUAUUGUUUUGAGACGCGGUGUCACUGUGUAGCCCUGGUUGGCCUGUGUCUUAUUUUGUAGGCCAGGCAGACCCUCUGCAUCAGCAUCCCGGGUGCUAGAAUGACAGGUACAAGUCACCAUGUCUGCUUAAUUACCGCCUCUUCCUGCAGAGCCUCACAAUCCCGGCCUCAGGAUGGUUCUAAGUCCCAAGGGAUGAAAAUAUUACAGAUAAAAACCCUUCCUAACUCAUCGGUAAUAUUUUAAAGAUUUUUUAAAAAUUAUUUUUAAUUGUGUGUAUUUGUAUGCCCAGGUGUGUGUUUGUGCACAUGAGUGCAGGUGAUGUUCCGGGAGUCAAAAGAGGGUAUCAGAUCCCCGGGAGCUGGAGUUAUAGUUGGACAUGAGCCAUUUGACAUAGGUUCUCCACAAGAGCAAUCCAUGUUCUUAACUGCUGAAACAUCUCUCCAGCCCAACUGAUCAUAUCUUUGUCCUCCAAUCUGAUAAACUAGGAUAGAACAUUUCAAUGUAUUGUAUAAAUCAUUUUAAAAGACAAAUUACCCACAACUGAUGAGGCAAGAGUUCAGAACUAAAGUUCCGAAACUAUCACGCAUUUCCUGUAGGUAUGAACAAGAUGAACACAGAAUUCCCGGUUGGCAUUCAGAUAUACAGCAACUGUUACAUUCUAAGUCUUCUUGCCAGUCUUUAACAUGUAGCGAAUUUUAAGCAAAUAGCAAUAUUUUCUUAAAUAUUAAAUUGAAUAUUAAUUAUCAAGCAAAUAGUAAUCAGAUUCGUGAUUGGGAACAAGCUACAUCCUGGCGAUCUAUGGGGAUAACUGAAGUAGCUAGCCUUGGUCUUUUUUGUUUGUAUUUUUGAGACCGGGUUUCUUAGCAUUGGCUGCGCUGGGACUCAAGAGAUCUGACCGCCUCUGCUAAAGGUGUGUGCAACCACCGGCUGGCAAUAGUGCACUUCUUUAAAAGUUCUUGUACUCUUUUACUGUUGUUUUGUUUGCGUCACGUCACUACUUCCAUUCUGCGUUCCGGGAAUGUGAGGGACCAAAACACUUGUCCUUCGAGCCGGAUUCGAACCAGCGACCUAAGGAUGUCCAACUACUGCUUUAAACCUACAGUCCUCCGCUCUACCAACUGAGCUAUCGAAGGAUGAUGUUUGUUUUUUUCUAAAAGGUCUGAAGUAGGUCAGACUGGCUUCAAAUUUCGAUCCUCCUACUUACACCUAGGAUUAGCGAUAUGAGCCACCAUACCUGAUUUUAAGCAGUAGUGGAAUCAAACUCAGGGCUUCGUGAAUGCUAGCGGGCGCUCUGCCAAAUGAUAAGUGUAUCAUUUCUAAUAGAAAAUAAAAAAACUAAACAUUCCACAAUCUUGGCAAAUAUAUCCUAUAUAUCAAAUAUGUCCUAUAUAUUAGCUAUGUUUUGAAUGAUGCAGGAAGAUUAAAUAUUGUCUCUAUGAUGUACCGAACAAUAUAUUUCAGAUAUCAUUAUUCGAUGGGUUCAUGGUGAUUUUGUUUAUAAAAUUGUUUUUCCUUUAUUUUUCCGCUGUUCUGUAAAAAAUGGAAAUUAAAAACCAAAUAAGGAAUUGCUGAUCUUGUGAGUGACUUUGGCAGGGUGAAUGAAGCUCAAGGUCCUUGUGAGCUGUGCAGUUGUACCAUCUUGAAGGUGGGUGUCCAGUGGAACCCGGCCAUCCACACAGCUCCUGAAGACAUCUUAUGGAAAAGAUCAACGAUGGGGAGCUGGAGGCAUUGUGAACUCAACUCUUUAAUUAUUCACAGAUAUAAUGAUAAAGUACUUUAGUUUCUGGACUCCUAUUGUUUGGCCUGUUUUGUUUCAAUUACUCUUCCAAGUGGCUCCUUACUCAGUAUAAUUCAAAACUAUAUGAUUAACAUUAGUAUUUUUUUUUAAAAGCAAACAAACAGACAAAAACAAGCCUCUUUCUGUUCUGAAUAGGUAGCGCUUGCAAGCCUGAAUCUUGCUGUGUAGCCCAAGCUGCCCUUAAACUUAGAAUGACUCCUGACUACUGAAUUCACGUGAGGUAAAAGAACUAACGCUACGGAGGUAAAUUAACUGUCUGGUGGCCUCACGUUUCAUUUCAGUUGUUCAAGCCUUGUUUCUUUUUGUCCUCAUUCCCUGAAUUCAGUCCAGCUCUUUACUGUAUAAAUUAGCAUUAUGUGCAUGUCCGUCUCUUAGCGGAGAGUAAUGAAUCCGUGGGCCACCGCCAAUCCGUAGUCCACACUUUGAAAAGCUUUUUUUCUCCCCUAAGUAAGUACACUCGGCCACCUGGGGGCAGGCUUCCCCAACAGCGCAGAACCUACUUCCUUCUGCUGACUCUUAACUUCGGCCCUGGGGCCACCGAGAGCUUUUUUCACCUGGUCACUGUGGCUCUGGCUCCUUUAUCCUCCCUGACCAUUGAGGUUGGUAGGUGCUUCACUCUCGGAUCAGCCGGCCACAGAACAGCGCAGCUCUCUUGGCCCAGCUUCUUCUCUGGACUAGGCUUUCCGUUCCUAGGUCUCCAGCUCUGCCUCUCUCCUCUCUGUGUGUAGCUCACUACAUAACUCCCUCCGGAGCCGGGGGCUGACAGGUGUGAAACACCGCCUCCCAUCUCUCUCUCUCUCUAUCUCCCUCCUCCAUCAUGUUAACCAUUUCUACCUCCAUGGCUUUAUCUCUAUUGUCAUCUCUAAACACCAGGAACAAAAUACUCUCCUCGGUACGACUUAAUUUUACUGUUGUUGCAACCGUGCCUCACAGAUCCCUUCCGUAGACAACUGAGGGUUGUAGGACGGAGUUUGCUACUUUGUGCACGCCCGACCAGACUUGAGAGGGGAGCGGAUAGGCGCUGUUGUAACACGGACUGACACUUACCCUUCAGGGGAAAUACAGAGCCCUCCGCGUUGGAAGGAGCUGGUGGAGAACAGGGCGCUUCUCUCCUAGCCUCAAGCUUCUGGCGAACUCCACCCGGAGUCUGUCGCCCCGGCAAGGUCAGCGAUGGCGCUUCCCCGCAACUCCUGCCUCUUGGCUUGUCUGCUCACGGUCCUGCAACUGCCCACGCUGGAUUCGGCUCCCUUCCGUGUGGCCGCCCCUCAGGAGCCAGUGCUGGCCCCAGUGGGCUCCGACGCCGAGCUGUCCUGUCAGUUCUCCCCGAACGCGAGCGCGGAGCGCGCGGAGCUGCUGUGGUUCCGACGGAGCCGGUCGCCGGCGGUGCUUCUGUACCGGGCUGGCCGGGAGCAGGAGGGCCAGCAGAUGCCCGAGUACCGCGGGAGGGCGACGCUGCUGACCGACGGGCUCCGCGACGGCCGCGCCACCCUGCGGAUCCGAGGCGUCAGGGUCUCGGACCAGGGGGAGUACCGGUGCCUUUCCACAGGCGGCGGCUACGCCGAGGAGGCCGCUGCGUACCUCAGAGUGUCCGCUGUGGGCUCUGAUCCUCACAUCAGUAUGAAAACUCAAGAGAAUGGAGAGAGGGAGCUGGAGUGCACCUCCUCGGGAUGGUAUCCAGAACCUCAGGUGCAGUGGAGGACAGCCAGCGGAGAGAAGUUACUAUCCACAUCAGAGUCCAAGAAGCCUGACGAGCAAGGCCUGUUCACUGUGGAGGCUUCGAUAACCAUCAGAGACAGCUCCAUAAGGAAUGUGUCCUGCUGCAUCCAGAAUAUCCUCAUCGACCAGGAGAAGGAAGUAGAGAUCUCUGUACCAGCUCCCUUCAUGACGAGGCUGACUCCCUGGAUAGCAGCUGUGGCUAUCAUCAUACUAGCCCUAGGAUUUCUCACUGUUGGGUCCAUAUUUUUCACGUGGAAGCUGUACAAGGAAAGAUCCAGAGAGCGGAAGAAUGAAUUUGGCUCUAAAGAGAGACUGCUGGAAGAACUCAGGUGCAAAAAGACUGCACUACAUGAAGUUGACGUGACUCUGGAUCCAGACACAGCCCACCCCCACCUCUUCCUGUACGAGAACUCAAAAUCGGUUCGCUUGGAAGACUCUCGUCAGAUCCUGCCUGAUACACCGGAGCGAUUCGACUCCUGGCCCUGCGUGUUAGGGCGUGAGACCUUCACUUCAGGGAGACAUUACUGGGAGGUGGAGGUGGGAGAUAGAACUGACUGGGCCAUCGGUGUCUGUAGGGAGAAUGUGGUGAAGAAAGGGUUUGAUCCCAUGACUCCUGAUAAUGGGUUCUGGGCUGUGGAGCUGUAUGGAAACGGAUACUGGGCCCUCACCCCGCUCCGGACCCCUCUCCGGUUAGCAGGACCCCCUCGUCGGGUUGGAGUUUUUCUGGACUAUGACUCUGGAGACGUUUCCUUCUAUAAUAUGAGUGAUGGAUCUCUUAUCUAUACUUUCCCUAGCAUCUCUUUCUCUGGUCCCCUCCGUCCGUUCUUUUGCCUGUGGUCCUGUGGUAAAAAGCCCCUAACCAUCUGUCCAACUGCCAACGCCCCUGAGAAAAUCACGGUCACUGCUAAUGUCCAGGACAACAUUCCCUUGUCCCCGCUGGGGGAAGGCUCUUCUUCAAGAGACACAGAUACUCUCCAUUCUAAACUGAUACCUUUCUCACCUAGCCAAGCGGCACCUUAAAGAAUAUUACAGCCCCACAACUUCCCCUUCCUUUGGCUCCUUCCUUACUCAGGAAUCUUCAGUUGCCAGCUUCCUGCAGUCCUUCUUCGUAGUACGUGAUUACUUCUUUUUGGAAAGGCCGUAUGUUGCUGCCAGAGAAGGCAGGAAGAAGAGCCUUUGUAAUUUGUUUCUAGCUAAUACUGGGGAGGUAGAGAGGUGAUUCCUAAAUUAUUUCUAGUGCCACAACCUACAUAGGAGGACUUGGUACAAUCGCCUGAGGGAUCAAGAGGCAAUUCGGCUGGCAUGCAAUCGUGGCAGAAACAUACGGAAUAGGGGUAUGUGGGCCAACAGUUUUUAGGCAAGGGAAAAACAAAUACACAGGAUGCUAGGAAAAGAGGCUCUUAGGCUACAACCGCAUCAAGGAAUUUAGAGGAGACAUCGCAGGCAAAUGAAGUAAACUUGAUCCACCUGUCCUCUCCCUAGGGUUUUUCAAGACUAGAUCUCAAAUUUUAUUACUUACGUUUUUUUCUUUGACAGCUUCAUACUGAGUUUAACGGGCUGUCAUGGGAGUAUAAAUUUGGAGCUGUCCACUGAGGUUUGGUGGACUCAAGAGAGCAUGUGUAAUGAUCUCCCUUCUCCCACAAUCAAUCAGUAGCCAAUAGUUCCGCUGAGAGGGAUAGGGCCACAUGAACCCCUCCCCUGUCACGGUUAAUUGCUGACCAGUUUUGUACAGGCCCAGCUCAGGUAACUACAGCACCUGUGAGAACAUGAACACGAGUGCCCAGAAGGAAGCAUUUCUCAGCCAUUCUCCCUGUCCUCUGGCUCUUAAGGUCCUUAGCCUUCUCUUUCGGGAUGUGUCUUGGACACUGUAUCUUAAAUUUUCUAACUCAUAUUCUGUAGGGUGGAGGACACUGCUCUGCUUGUUUGGGAGCACUGGGAGCAAGCUGGGCAGGGACAGAGAGGGGUGGAGAUGAGCAGGGCUGGAGAACCAGACAGGGUUAAAACAGAGGAGAAAAAAAAAAAAUCUAAAAACUACCGGGCUAGAUACACAUGGGUCAGGCCUUUCUGUGCCUUCCUCUUUUUUUGACCUCUCCUGAAGGUCAACCCAACUUCACUUUAUUGACUCCACUAGAUAGGGUGUGUGUGUGUGUGCUUGUGUGCUUGUGUUUUAAGAUAGAGGUUUACUAUGCAGCUGAGACUGGCCUUGAACUCCUGAUACCCCUGCCUCCACCUUCCACUUGCUGGUUACACAGCCACAGCCGCCAUACCUAGCAAGUCCACCCGUUCUGAUGCAGCACGCUUAGGUAGCGUCAUUGUUCUGGCAGUCCCAGCUGCACGCUCUCCUGGCCCUCGCUGCAAUGUUUAACCACCUCACCUUCAGUUCCCUUUCGACGCUAUUCUUUUCCUCUGUGCCAUUGCCCAGUGCAGCCUACCCACCUGCUCUGCAUUCCGUUUUGCCUUGGGGAUCACCGGUGUUGCACCAUGAUACUCAAUACAGCUGGGCAGCUCGGCUCUAUCUGUGUGUGCUCCAGUGUCCUCCUGGUUGCAUGGGACUUGUUUUGUCAACGGCCUGUGUGUGUAUCCAAGCUCUUCCACUUCUAUUGUAUUUUUCUGGCUCCCAGAAUGAACAUCCUCAUGGACUUUACCAAAUAAAUAAAUAAAUAAGUCUGAUUGCUGAA